CUCCUGACCCCCUUAAGCCCUUAAUUAAAAACUGUAAAGUUUAAAAUUCGCUUGUUCCGCGUAUUUUUUCGCUUGGUCUUACUCUUAAGUGUUCUUAAAACACAUUCCCAUUGUUUUCGGUCGGUUUGCGGGCGGAAUUAACGGUGAAUUUCGCGAUUUUUCGUACGCGGAUUUCGGUUCGAGAUACGCCGAAACGAUCGAUUUUUACGCGAAACGCAACUCAAAAAUGAAAAACUAAACGGUUCGUUCGGUUUCAGGUUGUGAAGGGAAGAUCUCCUGCGAUUUUCGACAAGUUUCACCGUUCGGUUUGCGAGUUUUGAACGAAAAGGUAAUUCCCCUUAGACUCUUUAACAAAAUCGGAUCAGAUCUGAUCCAAGUGCAUCUUUUGAAAUUUUUCAGUUAACAAUUGAGAAUGGCGGGUUUCGCGAUGUCCGUGUUGUUGGUGCUGUUGGUGGUGCAUCCUGAUGCGUCAUCCGGCAGGUGUGUCGUCCAAGAUGGCCGCCUGCAUUGUGCGGAGGCGUGCGACACGGAUGUGGUUCGCGCUUCUGAAUUCGGCGGCAAGAUCGUCCUCACGGGCCGAGUUCUGGAUUUUGGCUGCCUCGACUUCUUCGGCAUAACGAAAGUCGAAUUGUUGGCUCCGACUCGCUGCGAGGGGGUUUUUCGUGCUUCGUUGGUCGAUCCGGCGGAUCUUUGCAUGACCGGGCCGAUUACAACGGAGUUACCAUCUUCUUCACCACUUCCCACGCAUGCUUCGAGUACGCUGGCGAUAGUUCCCGUUGCAUCGACGGAGACGGUGACGUCAACGACCGCGGCUUCUCUCACUUCUCUUGCAACGGAGGCGCCAUCUAUCGUCACUUCUGGGGACACCGUGGUCACACAAGGCCCCUCGUCUGUUGGAGUUCGUGCGUUGAUGACGUUCAUAGCUGAAAUGACAAAACAGACUACGCCUGCUCCUAUGACGACCAAGCCUUCCAUCAUAGUUUCGGUGUUGAAAAAUCUUCCGGAAACCCGACUUCACUCUGGGGAUCAUGCGAACGUCACGCUAACGGUAAUGGAAGGGAAAGCGGUCUUGGGCGCGGAGUUUGCUACCGAGCUAUUUUCUAAUUGGGCCAUAGGGCUAAUUAGCGGCCUCGGCGUAACGGUCUUUGGAUUGGCGGCUGGAUGGCUUACCUGGUGU